AUGGGGGAGAUGGAGAAGGUGGAGAUGGAGGUCUUAGAGGAGGUGGACUGGGAGGCGGGGAGGGUGGUGCUGGUGGCGGUGAAGGUGGAAAUGGUGGCCGUGGAGGUAUUGGGGGAUCUGGGCUUGGAGGUCGCGGUGAGGGUGGUGGUGGUAAUGGGGGCUGUGGUGACGGGGGCUGUGGACUUGGAGGUCGCGGUGAGGGUGGAGGUGGUGGCGACGGAGGCUGUGGUGACGGAGGCUGUGGACUUGGAGGUCGCGGUGAGGGUGGAGGUGGUGGCGACGGAGGCUGUGGUGACGGAGGCUGUGGACUUGGAGGUCGCGGUGAGGGUGGAGGUGGUGGCGACGGAGGCUGUGGUGACGGAGGCUGUGGACUUGGAGGUCGCGGUGAGGGUGGAGGUUGUGGCGACGGAGGCUGUGGUGACGGAGGCUGUGGACUUGGAGGUCGCGGUGAGGGUGGAGGUGGUGAUGGGGGCUGUGGUAGCGGGGGCUGCGGGCUUGGGGGUAGCGGUGAGGGUGGAGGUGGCGGUAAUGGGGGCUGUGGUGACGGCGGCUCGGGGCUUGGAGGUAGCGGUAGCGGUGAGGGUGGAGAUGGCGGUAAUGGGGGCUGUGGUGACGGCGGCUCGGGGCUUGGAGGUAGCGGUGAGGGUGGAGGUGGCGGUAAUGGGGGCUGCGGUGACGGCGGCUCGGGGCUUGGAGGUAGCGGUGAGGGUGGAGGUGGCGGUAAUGGGGGCUGUGGUGACGGCGGCUCGGGGCUUGGAGGUAGGGGUGAGGGUGGAGAUGGCGGUAAUGGGGGCUGUGGUGACGGCGGCUCGGGGCUUGGAGGCAGCGGUGAGGGUGGAGGUGGCGGUAAUGGGGGCUGUGGUGACGGCGGCUCGGGGCUUGGAGGUAGCGGUGAGGGUGGAGGUGGCGGUAAUGGGGGCUGUGGUGACGGCGGCUCGGGGCUUGGGGGUAGCGGUGAGGGUGGAGGUGGCGGUAAUGGGGGCUGCGGGGCCGGCGGCUCGGGGCUUGGAGGUCGCGGUGAGGGUGGAUAAGGCGGUAAUGGGGGCUGUGGUGACGGCGGCUCGGGGCUUGGGGGUAGCGGUGAGGGUGGAGGUGGCGGUAAUGGGGGCUGUGGUGACGGCGGCUCGGGGCUUGGAGGUAGCGUCCCCAUCAUUGAACGAAGGGCUGAUGACAGUUCGCAAAGGCCCCGAAUCACUGGUGUUGUUGAUAGCUCUGGCAGCGACAACGCAAGUUGCGAGAACUCCCUGCUGGUAUUCUGAUAAGCCAAAACUGUGCCUUAGCGGGAUGCAAAGCGCUCCUAACAAGGAGCCCAUGUUAAGACCAGCAAAGCUAGGGGGUCCGAAGAAAAGGAACAGAACUAUCAGAAGAACCGCUGGUGCUGGUACCCGCCCCGACGUUGAAGAAAAGGAGCAGAACUAUCAGAAGGACAGAAAUUAA